AUGGACAAAUUCGCUAAACACCUUCAUCUCUCUAAGUGGAGAAAGAAGAGGUAUGUCCGCAAGAUGGUCUACGAGGAUAUCAGAGGUUCAUACUUAUUGUUCUACGAUAAAGAGAUUUCCGCUGCUGAGGAACGAAGAACUAGGCAGAAUGAUAGGACAAUAGGAGAUGGUGAUGCUGAAGAACAAGACAGCUGUGACGAAGAAAGUGAGACUGAGGAAAACGUUGUGGAGUAA